UCACGGGACAGUGAACACAUGUACUGUUGUAUCGAGCAAGGAAAGCGAGUUAGCGAGGACGGAUCUAGGACAUUCACAUUAAUCAUUUAAAUAUAUUAUUUUAUUACAAACCGACUUCAUUAUAUUUGGCGACGAGGAUUAUUUUCAAGAAAUAUGGCAACGAAACUUACGCAUUUGGCACCACCGCCUGCUUUUGAUGCCGAAAGUGACAAGUCGUCCUUAGCUCAACGAUGGAAAGACUGGCGUGAAAGAUUUGACAUGUACUUGCUUGCAGCAAAUAUAACGGAUGCCAAACAAAAGCGUGCUCUCCUACUCUACGUUGCUGGUCCCGCAGUUCAUAAGAUUAUCAACACGUUAACCGAUACUGGCACAGAUUAUAAAACAGCUGUGGAGAAACUCGAUAGUUAUUUUCAACCGCAGAAAAAUUUAAUUUACGAAAGAUAUGUAUUCAAACAGACCCGACCUAGCCCUGACGAAUCGGUUGAUCAUUUCAUUACACGUCUUCGACAGCUAGCGGAUACAUGUGAGUUUGCGAGUGUAGAAGAUGAAAUUCGACAUCAUUUUGUAAUCACUUGGCCGUCAAAGGUAUUUCGUGCGAAAUUACUUCGUGAGCCGACACUCACUCUCGAAAAGCUACAAGAACUAGCCCGGGCACAGGAAACUGCUAAUCGUCAUGCCAGUGUCAUGGCCGACGAAGAAUAUACCAAACUGAAUCGACUUACAACCAGUCGUUCUCGAAGUGGCGACCAGAACGAGUCAUUUCAACAAGAAAGCAAAACAGCGAAUAUAUCCGGAAAAUAUACUGGUAACUGUUUUAACUGUGGUAGCAACUAUUUUCCAGGUCACAAACAAGUUUGCCCAGCACAAGGAAAGUCAUGUCGUUCGUGUGGAAAGCUCAACCAUUUUGCCAAAGUUUGCCGCAGUUCCCCAAUGCGAAAGCCAGAAUUUCGUGCACAAAAUAGGGAAAAAUCGAAUGAAAUCGACAACUCUAUUAAAGCAAUCAUAACAACGCCAAGAGAAACCGGAACCGGAAGUUCGGCGAAUGACGACAGCGACGAAUACACCUUCACCUUGACCCAAGGUCAAUCCAAGUUCAGCCCAACGAAGGUAACCAAAACAAACAAGGGUGUUUUCGUGACGGCGAAAAUAAACGAAACGGAUAUAAGGUUAGUUUUUGACUCUGGUGCAACAACAAAUAUUUUAGAUUCUGCAAGUUUUGAACGUAUUCAAAAGAACACUGCGAAACUCCAACUAGAACCUACGUCAAUCAAAAUAUACCCAUACAACUCUACAGUUCCUCGACCCACUACCGGCAAGUUUGAAGUUCAAUUUUAUAAUGGUACAAAAACUACAUCUGCAACAUUUCAUGUUGUUGAAGGAAAUUCUGGGUCAUUGUUGGGAUAUGAGACGCAACAGAACUGGGACUUUUGCAUGUUAAUGUCAACCAAACAACAACCAUGCCUAGUUCUACAUCAAGCAACACAUCUGAUCUGGUCGCAAAGUUUCAGCACCUAUUUACUGGCAUUGGUAAACUGAAAAAUUAAAAACAAAAGCUACAUCUUGACCCUAGUAUACAACCAGUUGCCCAAAAACCUCGGCGAGUACCAUUUCACUUACGUAAGCAAGUAUCUGCCCGAAUUGAAGAAUUGGAAGCACUCGAUAUCAUAGAACGUGCAUCAGGUCCAACAUCGUGGGUAUCGCCUGUGGUCGCAGCACCUAAACCCCACGACCCAUCUGAAGUUAGAGUAUGUGGUGAUUAUCGACAACCCAACCGAGCCAUAAUUCGAGAACGGCACCCUAUUCCCACCGUGGAAGAGCUCAUGGAGGACAUGACUGGUGCCUGUGUCUUUUCAGAAUUAGAUCUUCGCGCUGGCUACCAUCAAAUUGAAUUGGAAGAAGAAUCGAGAUCUGUUACCACCUUUUGCACACAUGAAGGCUUACUACCCUUCUGUAUCUCCUCUGCGUCUGAAGUUUUUCAGAAUGUCCUGCAACAGUCACUUCAAAGUCUUCAUGGCGUUCGUAACAUAGCGGAUGACCUCAUAGUUUGGGGAAAAUCCCAGGAAGAACAUGAUCGCAAUCUUGAAGUUUGUUCCAGCGCCUAGAUGCCAAGGGCCUCGCAUUGAAUGGUGAUAAAUGUGAAUACAACCAAGUUUAUGGUUUUAUGGUUACAGUUUGUCCAAAGAUGGUCUAUCUGCUGAUCCCAAGAAAGUUGAGGCCAUAGUCAAAACGACAACUCCACAGAAUGUUGCUCAGCUCCAAAGUUUCCUUGGUCUAGCUAACUACUGCGCUCGUUUUAUCAAGGAUUUUGCCACUCUUUCAGCACCUCUGAACGAACUGACCAAGAAGUCAACAAAAUGGCAAUGGACUGUCAUCCACCAACAAGCUUUUCAGAAAAUUAAGACUGCAAUUGCAGAGGAUUGCAGCAUGGCUUUCUAUGAUCCUGCCAAAGAAACAACCCUGACUGUUGAUGCAAGUCCUGUCGGUCUUGAGGUCAUACUGUCUCAGAUACAAAAGGAUGGUACCAUACGCAACAUUUCAUAUGCAAGUCGCACCCUUACCCCCACUGAACGCCGCUACUCGCAGACAGAAAAAGAAGUCCUUGCAGUGGUAUGGGGCUGUGAACGCUUCCAUUUGUAUCUUGUAGGUAACGAAUUUACCCUCCAAACUGACCAUAAGCCACUUGAACUGAUUUAUAGCCCUAAAUCCAAACCACCACCAUGCAUUGAGAGAUGGCUUCUCCGAAUGCAGCAGUACCUGUACCAAGUGCAAUACCGACCAGGAUCGUCAAACCCUGCUGAUGGGUUAUCCCGUAAACCAACAGAAACCUGUGAAUGGUCUGCUAACACUGCGGACAAGUAUAUCAACUUUAUUGAGAGCCAUGCUGUCCCCAAAUCAAUGGCUCUAGAGGAGAUUGCUGCUGAGACAAGCACUGAUUCUGAGUUACAAGCUGUGAUCAAAGCAGUGCAGACAGGACACUGGUAUGAAAAAAAAUGAUCCAAACUGCAGGUAUGUUACAGCUUAUCAUAAAUUAAAGGACGAACUGUCUAUUACUAACAAUGGUAUACUUUUACGUGACACUCGAAUUAUUAUUCCAAAGUCUCUUCAGAGUAGAACUUUGCCCAUUGGUCAUGAAGAGCACCAAGGUAUAGCAAAAACUAAAGCACUAUUACGCACUAAAGUGUGGUGGCCUGGUCUAGAUACUGCUGUAGAAAGUCUUGUAAAAUCAUGUUUACCUUGCCAGUCAGCAACUAUCCAAGUACCACAGCCAAAGUCUCCGUUAAUCAUGACUGAUAUGCCAUCCAAACCAUGGAGCGUAGUAUACGCUGAUUUUUGUGGUCCAUUUCCCACUGGAGAAACUGUUCUGGUCGUUAUUGACGGUUACUCUCGUUAUGUGGAGGUAGAAAUAAUGAAAAGUACGACCACUACAGCAAUUGUUUCGCGUCUCAAAAAAAUAUUCGCCAGACACGGUUACCCAGAUGAAUUGACAAGCGACAAUGGGCCCCCAUUUAACGCUGCAGAUUUUGAUGCUUUUCUAAAUCAAAAUGGUGUUCGCCACAGGAAAAUCACCCCCUACUGGCCGCAAGCUAAUGCCGAAGCGGAGCGUUUCAUGUGCACAUUAGAAAAAGCUGCACGAGCCGCCCAUAUCGAAGGAAGAAGAUGGCAAGACGAGUUAGAUACUUUUCUUUUGAAUUACAGGUCAACGCCGCAUUGCACAACUGGUAUCAGCCCGGCAGAGCUUCUAUUCAAUCGAAAAAUUCGGAAUAAACUGCCAAGUGUGGACCGGUUAGACCCCAUGCCCUCAGACGUCGAAGACAGCCAUGAAAAAGCUAUCAACAACGACUCUAAGAGAAAGGAGAAGAUGAAGAAAUAUGCGGACAAACGGAAUCAUGCAAAGAACAUUAAUCUUCAAAUAAGAGAGUAUGCCUUAGUCCGACAGCAAAAGAAAAAUAAGAUAUCUACACCAUUUGGUAAAACGCCAUACAGAGUAGCAGAAAUAAAAGGGACAAUGAUCAUUGCGACUAGCGAAGAUAGCGGCAACAUUACCCGAAAUGUUUCAGUGUUUAAACAAAUCCCAAACCCAAACCUUGAACCACAAGAUCAAAUUAUCGAGGAUUUUCAUGGUGAUAUGCCUAACACGGAAUUGACGCGCAGAUAUCCAACUCGGAACAGAAGAAGUCCAGAAUUUUAUAAUAGUUCACAGACAUAG